UACCAUUAACGGAGGCACAACGAUACCAAACGGAGCAAUUCCUACAAGUUUGUUCCAAUUACCGAACAUGAACACAUUGACAAUUUCAUCAACAUCGCUUUCAGGGCCUAUACCUGACACAUUCGAUAAAAUGCCUGCUCUAAAGACAUUAUCAUUACAAAGUAAUCCACAACUUGGUAAAACUAUACCAUCGUCUAUUGGGUCAAUUGCUCUUAAUAAUCUAAUAAUUAACGGGCAGGGAAUCUCAGGAACUAUUCCAGAUUUCAUUGGAAAUAGUAACAUACUGCAAAAAUCUCUACAGACUUUAGAGUUGAGUUCUAACGCAUUAACCGGAAUGAUACCAGCGUCUUUGAUGCAAUUCUCUGCCUUAAAAUCAUUAGUGUUGGGAAUCAAUCAAUUAUCGGGAUCCAUUCCUACAACGAUUGGAUCCGCCAAAUUUCAAAAAACCAUAAAUCAAUUGGAUUUUGGUAAUAAUACGCUAACGGGAACCAUUCCUGAUUCACUAUCGCAACUGCCAAAUUUACAAUUUUUGUAUUUGGGCAAUAAUCAAUUUAGUGGGCAGAUUCCUACAUCAUUGGCAACAUUGACGAAUUUGAAAGAAUU